AUGGAAGGCCCUUCUAGAUGGUUGAAAAAAGGUGCAUGGACUGCUGAAGAAGAUGCUCUCUUGCGACAAUGUAUUGAUAAGUAUGGAGAAGGCAAAUGGAACAAAAUUCCCUUAAGAGCUGCUUCUAGGAAACAGGUUUAUAUUCCUCCAUACAAAUCCAAUUUUGUACCUAGUGUCAUGAUCCAGUACGAACUCAUGUCACAAUCGUAUAAAUGCAUGGAUAGGUGGGCCUUGAUUGCUGGUAGAUUGCCUGGUCGUACCCCUAAUGAUGUUAAGAAUUACUGGAACACCAAUUUGUGUAAGAAGCAAGAACCGUGUUGCAAGAGCAAAGUGAGCAACAUAGCUAUUACUUGUUCAAAUACCACAGUGUCCCAGAAGAUCGAUGUUUUAAAGCCUUCACCUCGAUCCUUCCCCAUUAAUAUUGUUAACGGCUGCAGCGGGCUUAAUGCCCUGCCAAUGAAUGACCUUGGCGAAGUAGCCAACAAUGAUGAGGAGAAAGAUAAGUUUGUGAACGAUCUAAUUGUUGGAGAGGGUAUGUGGUGGGACAGCUUGCUGGAAGAGAGCCCAAUGACAGAUAUUAUGGGUCCCAAAUAUCCGGCAACCGAACAGGGGGAAGCCUCCACGGACAGUUCUUUGUUCCACUCGAUUUCGUUUACGUUUGAUAUUGACGAACUUUGGAGUAUGUUGGAUAUAGAUACUGGAGAGACUGUUUAG